GCUGGGUCGAGUCAGGAAACCGUACAAGUGAAUCAAUCUGGUGGUUUUCUAGUCGUGUUAGCGAAUUGAAUUUACUUGAGAAGUCUUUUGAGUAACUAAUGGAAUUGGCAAGAUAUGCCAAGAUAACAAUGUCUUCCGUGCACUGUGUGGUGGUGUGGGAGUGGCAGUGCGAGGACCAGUGGAUCCCGCACACCCCGAGUGUGGCGCGGACACUGGAGCGAGCACAUGCCAAGAAGCUGACCCGAGUUGUGCUGGCCGACGCGGACCCGGAGCUCAAGGGGCAUUAUGUGAAUUUGAGGACACUCACGCAGAGCUCUGAUGCUAGUGAAGGUGAAGGCGGCACAGAAGCGAACUGCCGCGUACGACGGGCCUGCUACAGCGUCACUUCUGUAGGCGGACGCGGCGUGCGGUGGGAGUGGGCCGCUCAUGAGGGUUACUAUACCGCACUGCCUAUGGAGUUCCAAAGCCAACUGGAAGAAGCGUGGAGCUCCGGCGUGGAAGUGGUGUGGUGGUGCGGCUGGGCGGCGCGGCCGCGGCACAUGUCGGCGCGCGGGCCCGGCGGAGCGCUGCGGAUACUGCACCGCGCUCCACAGCCGCCCUACCCGCUAGCCAGGUCGCAGCCGGCUCCUCCGCCACGAGCAGGUCAGUACCGCGGCACAUGUCGGCGCGCGGGCCCGGCGGAGCGCUGCGGAUACUGCACCCCAGGUCGCAGCCGGCUCCUCCGCCACGAGCAGGUCAGUACCGCGGCACAUGUCGGCGCGCGGGCCCGGCGGAGCGCUGCGGAUACUGCACCGCGCUCCACAGCCGCCCUACCCGCUAGCCAGGUCGCAGCCGGCUCCUCCGCCACGAGCAGGUCAGUACCGCGGCACAUGUCGGCGCGCGGGCCCGGCGGAGCGCUGCGGAUACUGCACCGCGCUCCACAGCCGCCCUACCCGCUAGCCAGGUCGCAGCCGGCUCCUCCGCCACGAGCAGCCGCCCUACCCGCUAGCCAGGUCGCAGCCGGCUCCUCCGCCACGAGCAGGUCAGUACCGCGGCACAUGUCGGCGCGCGGGCCCGGCGGAGCGCUGUCGGCGCGCGGGCCCGGCGGAGCGCUGCGGAUACUGCACCGCGCUCCACAGCCGCCCUACCCGCUAGCCAGGUCGCAGCCGGCUCCUCCGCCACGAGCAGCCGCCCUACCCGCUAGCCAGGUCGCAGCCGGCUCCUCCGCCACGAGCAGGUCAGUACCGCGGCACAUGUCGGCGCGCGGGCCCGGCGGAGCGCUGCGGAUACUGCACCGCGCUCCACAGCCGCCCUACCCGCUAGCCAGGUCGCAGCCGGCUCCUCCGCCACGAGCAGGUCGCAGCCGGCUCCUCCGCCACGAGCAGGUCAGUACCGCGGCACAUGUCGGCGCGCGGGCCCGGCGGAGCGCUGCGGAUACUGCACCGCGCUCCACAGCCGCCCUACCCGCUAGCCAGGUCGCAGCCGGCUCCUCCGCCACGAGCAGGUCAGUACCGCGGCACAUGUCGGCGCGCGGGCCCGGCGGAGCGCUGCGGAUACUGCACCGCGCUCCACAGCCGCCCUACCCGCUAGCCAGGUCGCAGCCGGCUCCUCCACCAAGAGCAGUGCCAGCCCCUCGCACACACAUCCCACAGCAACAACACACUGGGUCUAGUGUCCACUCAACAGCCUCUCUAGCGUCUCUGGCUUCCACUAUGUCCGUUCGCUCCGCCCCGCCACAAACUGUGCCUCGAAGUGGAAGAAGUGUGUCACCAAGCAAGGAACGCAAACGCUUAGCCAGACAGAUCCUGCACAACUUGAAUAUAUUCAGUCACAACAGUAACAGCAAACCCGGUCUAGAGAGUCAACAUAGCACCGACUCCGAAGAGCCUCGUGCCUCGCUCUCUCACGGCGGCCGGCGACACAGCGUCGACACCGUGUCCACAUACCUCAGUCAUGAGAGCAAGGAUAGUUUACAGCAAGCGUCAACGGGCUCGCUGCUCAACUGCAGCGCGGGCAGCGACGACGUGUUCGACGCGCCGCCGCCGCCGCCGCCCGCGCCCGCACAAGGUAUGGAAGGUUCGGGCGGGCUGUGCGUGUGGGUGGGAGCCGUGUCAGCCCCGCACCGCGCCAGCAGCUGCGCGCGCUGCCGCCGGCCGCUCGGCGCGGGCGCCGCCGUGCUGCCUUGUCAGCACAUGCUGCAUCUGCACUGUCUGGACAGCCAGCUCACACAACGACCGCAGGAACCCCUCUACAUCGAGUGUCUCGUAUGCGGCCGCGUCUACGGGCAAGACAACCGCGCCGCACCACAAGGCGAACAGCCGCCCGGCAGCAUGGCGUGGAGACUCGAACCCACGGCCCUCCCGGGACAUGACUGCGGCUCCAUCCUGGUCACGUACAAUUUCCAGUCGGGUCGGCAAGGCCCGCGGCAGCCGGCGCCCGGGGCCCCGUACUACGCGGUGGGCUUCCCGCGGCACUCGCUGCUGCCCGACACGCCGCUCGGGAGACAGGUCCUAGCAGCACUCCGCACAGCAUGGGAACGUCGCGUCCUUUUCACAGUCGCCACCAGCCUCACCACCGGCCGAGAGCACGUGGUGGCCUGGCGCACCACCCCGCCGCCUUCAGACGCAUCCCACUACCACACGGACUCGCACAGACUGCUCACACAGGCGCUAGACAGGCUACACGCUCUUAUAAAUGACCACUGACUGGCUACACCGCUUCAGAGCGUUGUAGCUUGACGCUCCACCCCGCCGCCUUCAGACGCUUCCCACUACCACACGGACUCGCACAGACUGCUCACACAGGCGCUAGACAGGCUACACGCUCUUAUAAAUGACCACUGACUGGCUACACCGCUUCAGAGCGUUGUAGCUUGACGCUCCACCCCACCGUCUUCAGACGCCUCUCACUACCACACUGACUCGCAGAGACUGCUAACACAGGCACAUGCCGUACAUGCGCUUAUAAAUGAGCACUGAUGCCUGGCUACACCGCUUCAGAGCGUUGUAGCUUGACGCCCCACCCUGCCGCCUUCAAAUGGUUCCUACCACCAUCACUGUGUGCGUACAUGAUACGAGGUAUAGUCUCCAUCAAAUAUAUUGGACCGGCCAAUAUACUCACAAAUAGUUGGCCACGCCUCUGUUAUCAAGGUGUUAGAGUUUAUUUUAUAGUUCAGGUGAUAUACAUGGUGGGAACUGUAUGUGUAAAAUGAGAAUGUGUGUCAAGGAAUCAGCUGCCUGGCUACACCGCUUCGGAGCGUGUUAGCUAGUUUCAAACUACUCUAAAACAAGUGCUUCCAGAUGUAACAAGGCUAGAGGUAUGUAAAAAUCGAACUUUACUCAAAUAGUUUAAAAUAUAUAAGUUUCCAAAAAGACAAAUCGAUUUAUAGAUGUCUUCCAAGAUGAGUAUAAGUAGUUGUAUUUCCAGUAUUUUUAUAUGUUCUAAAAGGACAGUAUUGAAUGUAUUAUCAUUCCUUAUGACUAAGACAAAGCUAGCGAUAAGAUGCAGUUGCAUUUAUAUUUUAUUACAAACAAAAGUAGGUAUAUCGAGGGUAUUUUUUGUAAAGAUUGAACACCAGACAAAAAAAUGGCGCACUACGUCAGAAACCGGUCGUAAUGUAUAACCGCCCGCUUGUGUGUCGCGAACCCGCCCAGCGGGUUCUCCGGAAUCUGAGCAAAGUUCACGAGUGCCCACCACGCGGGUUCUUGGUUUCGAAAGUGUUAAUAUACACCGUGUUUUUUGUUUUCCU